GGAACCGGUCUGACUUAACCCUGCUUCUCCCUCGCGGAAGCAUCUCCCCCUUCCCCAGCCUCGUUCUUGGUUUCGGGAAUCGGAGGCAGGAGGUUGGAGCCAUGAGCAACGAAUUCGAUUACCUGUUCAAGCUUCUCCUGAUCGGCGACUCCUCCGUCGGCAAGUCCUGCUUCCUCCUCCGGUUCGCUGACGACUCCUACGUCGACAGCUACAUCAGCACCAUCGGUGUUGACUUUAAAAUUCGCACUAUAGAGAUGGAUGGGAAGACCAUAAAGCUGCAGAUUUGGGACACAGCCGGGCAGGAACGAUUCAGAACAAUCACAAGUAGCUACUACCGUGGAGCUCAUGGGAUAAUUAUCGUUUAUGACAUUACAGACAUUGAGAGCUUCAACAAUGUGAAGCAGUGGCUGAGCGAGAUUGACAGAUAUGCCAACGACAGUGUAUGCAAGCUUCUCGUUGGCAACAAGUGCGAUCUGGCUGAGAGUAGGGCUGUUGAAACUGCAGUAGCACAGGCUUAUGCUGAUGAGAUAGGUAUUCCGUUCAUGGAAACAAGUGCUAAGGAAUCCAUCAAUGUGGAGGAAGCUUUCUUGGCAAUGUCUGCAACGAUCAAGAAAAGCAAAGUUGGGAGUCAGGCAGCCCUGGAGAGGAAGCACUCCAAUCUAGUUCAGAUGAAAGGCCAGCCACUUCAGCAGCAGCAACAGCAGCAGAAGAGCAGAUGCUGUUCGACGUGAAGGCAUAACGACCCUGUCUUGGUGUCUCUCAGGAAUCAGGAAAAUGGUAUAUCUGCUAUAUGUGUUUGUCUGCCUGAUCUUUUAUCAUCAGACACUUUGCAAAAAUGUACUAGCAAGAAACUCGAUUAUUUAGGUUCUGCAAACAUCUAAUGUAAUCUGUGUCAGAACUCCGAGUGCCAAAAUUUGAUAUUGCAUCCGAAGAGUUCUACCAUGUUAAAUA